AUGUCCUACACUUAUCUGAACACGAGUGUAAGGUGUUCAAAUGGACACACAUUGUGUUCUAGUUGCAAGCCAAGGGUGCACAACCGGUGUCCUACGUGCAGGCAUGAACUUGGUAAUAUUAGGUGUCUUGCGUUGGAGAAGGUCGCUGCAUCUCUUGAGCUUCCCUGUAAAUACCACAGUUUUGGGUGCAUAGGCAUCUAUCCAUAUUACAGCAAGCUAAAACAUGAGUCCCAGUGCUCUUAUAGACCAUACAGCUGCCCUUAUGUUGGGUCAGAAUGCACGAGCAUUGGUGACAUUCCCUAUCUUGUGGCCCACUUGAAAGAUUAUCAGAAAGUUGACAUGCACAAUGGCUGCACUUUCAACCAUCGAUAUGUCAAAUCAAAUCCGCAUGAGGUUGAGAAUGCUGCAUGGAUGCUAACGGUUUUCAGUUGUUUUGGUCAGUACUUUUGCCUGCAUUUUGAAGCCUUCCAACUCGGUGUCUCUCCCGUGUACAUAAAAUUCUUGCGGUUUAUGGUUGACGAUAACGAAGCAAAGAAUUAUAGCUACAGCCUGGAGGUGGGUGGGAAUGGUAGGAAGAUGAUUUGGCAAGGGGUGCCAAGAAGCAUAAGAGACAGUCAUCGAAAGGUCCGUGACAGUUUCGACGGUCUCAUUAUUCAACGCAACAUGGCUUUGUUCUUCUCAGGGGGAGACCGGAAUGGAUUGAAGCUUAGAGUGACGGGAAGGAUAUGGAAAGAGCAGUGAUGGUAUCAUUUUUUGGGUCCCUGUAAUCUCCAUUGAUUAUGCUUUGUUGUUAAGGCACGUAAGUAGAUUGUUUGAUUCGGGUAGUUUUACAAGAUCUUCUGCUCAUGUCUUUGUUUCGGAUUGUAGGAGACAAACUCUCUUUGCUUGUGCUUGUAUGAGAUAUACAUGAAUGGGAAAAUGUAGCUUUUUUAGUCC